UUCUAUCAGAUGUAAAAUGGUCGAGUUGCCGCGUUCAUGUGCGCUCACUAACUCUGCGUCUUCUAUAGUAAAUCGAUGUUUAUUUUGACGUAAAAACAAAUUUUGUUUACGCGAUUGUUUGACUUCAUUGGUACCCGGGUACUUAUGAAAAUAGUGUUGUGUAUAUUUUUUAUCUAAACGGUCACACUCACUUCUGGCAGUGAUUUUGCUGAUAGUUCAAUCGUCGGUUGGUGCGCGUGAUAAACUACGUGUUCGGUUUUAAAAAGGCCGUCUAGUGUGUGUUUUAGCACCAUGCUGUGUACUGUGACAUAGUGAACGUUGAAAUAGGCCCUGACCUCUGACAAUCAUGUCUGGGCGAUCGGAUUGUAGAAAAUUCGCGCCAAACAUCUUCAACAAAAGUAAAUGCACCAAUUGCUUCCGGCAGAAGGAGGAGCAUAGUGCUGAAGCAUUGGAAUCUAAUCGGGCAAGUCGAAAGAUAUCAAAAUGCGGAUAUCUUUUCGUAGCACCAGGCUGGGACUUCUCCAAUCCGCUUUACAGGACAAAGAGAUGGCAGCGGAGGUGGUUCGUUUUGUAUGACGAUGGCGAACUUACCUAUUCAUUGGAUGAACACCCAGAUACAGUCCCACAGGCGAGCAUCGACAUGACGACGGUCUUGGAAGUUAGUGAAGCAGACAGCGUAACAGGACAUGCGCACAGUUUGGCGGUGACUGCGCCAGAACGAGUGACUUUUGUAAAAGGCACCUGCAGAGAAGAGGCGCGCUGGUGGGCGGAUGUUUUGAGUGUCUAUCCCAGGAGCAAGGGACGACACAAGCGCAAUGCAACAUUUCCCGGGGGACAAACGGCCAGUUUAUUACAGUCUACUACUACAAGAACUCCUGUGAUUGCAGAGUACUCAGCAGAUGCAUCAACUCUGCGUGAUGCUGCAGACUGCAGCAGGCCUCGAUACAACUGUGGGGGAACCACCACUUGGCCAGGUCCGAGGGUACAGCCGCCGCAGCCUGAGAUACCGAGCCUUACACCAACCAAUGUCGACACCAAAGUAUACACAGACCAGCCUGUAUCAUCAGCGUCUCCUCCCACUCGGGACAAAAUCAACGGAGAAGAAAAGGCUCGUUCACGACGCAGGGACACUUGGCCAGAACCAGUUCAAUCUGCUAACGAUGACGCCAACUCCCGAUCCCCUCUUCUUCAGCAGCAGCACCAGCAAUAUGAUGAACAGUUGAGGGACAUCGCGGCUUCCUUAACGAAGCCCAGAUCACGCCGUGCUCUGCCGCCUACCUUGGAAAGACCCACCAGGCUACCACCGCCAGACAGACUACCGGCUAGAGGUUCUCCAGACGGUGGUGCUCCAACAGAAGAAGGCUUAACCAGCUCAGCAAGUGAAGGAAGCGAGCCAACUGAUGCUGCAGAAGCAGCAGAAAGUGUUGACGGAGUUCGAGUAGAAUUACCAGCUGAACGUCUUCUUCAUGCCAGGGCAGGAUGGCUGCAGCGAAGAGGUCCCUCUGGAUGGUCAAGACACUGGUUCGUGUUACGGGGUGCAGCUCUGCUUUACUUUAGAGAUCCUCAUGCAGAGCACCGCGGCCUCAUGGACGGUGUAAUCGAUUUAAGUGGGGUCGCACGCGUUGUCGAACUUCCCACCUCUGCAUCUACCAAUGGAUACGCGUUUGAAACUGAGACGUGGGAUGGCAAACACAUAGUGCUGUCAGCAGUAACUGCGGGAAUUAGGUCGAAUUGGAUAUCAGCCAUUCGACGAACGGCAGGCUUACCGGACUCUGGGCCGCUCUCACUAAUUCUGCGAGAAGACUCGGUCGACCAAACGUCUGAAGCGUCCACAUCUCCUGUGACGCCUGUCACCCCGAAUACGAUGAAAACGGCGCCAUUCUCUUCGGAUGAAGAGUAUCGCACUGCUUCAGAAGGCGGGCGGAGGGACAGUGCGGACUGGGGAGACGUCGCCCCGCAACCCCCUCCCUCUCCUAUACUCAACCGGACCCCAAUAUCUAAAGUUAAAGAAAAGGUUCGCGCAAGGAACACUGCCCCUGCCAAAGUCGAUAUCAAGUGCGAGAGAGACGAAAUCGAUGCCGCCAAAGAAAAUGAGCGCCCGGUAGAUAAUAUUAUCGAUGAAACCGAAAAACCAAAUGAACCCAGAAAACGUAGCUAUUUAUCGACAAUAGAUAAGCAAUCUAUUGAAAUAGACGACCUGCGCAAGCAGUUGAAGAUGGCACUAAGCGACGUUGACGCCGCCGAAGCUGAGUUAGCGCGACUGAAGAAACUAAAAGCAGAUGCUGCGUUGAGAGAGAAAAAGAUGGAAGAACUAGUUAUUGCUCUACAAAAGAAAGAGGAAGAGUUAUCUAUCAGAACUAAAGAUGCUGAAAACUUAGACGCUAUUAAACAACUUUAUAUUCAGGACAAAAAUAUGUGGGAGAGCAAAUUGACAGAGACACAAAAUUUCUUAAAAGAGUCUACAGAACAUUGUGAGUUGUUAACGAAACAGCUUGCCUCGGCUCAAGAUACAGUCAAGCAGCUUCAAAAGGAGCUAACCGAUUUAAACGAGAAACUUCUUAAGAGCGUUAAAGAGAAUGAUUAUUUGUACGGCAGAAUAAGAGUACUUGAAAGUAAAGUUAUCGUGGAAUCCCCAACCAAGGAGAAGAGAAAAAGUGUUGGUUCGCUUCAUGAACUUGGCAAUAUCAAUGAAAAUAUGAAUUUAGAGUCUUUUGAGAAAAAUAGACUGAUCGAAGAAUAUGUAGAAUUAAGAAGUAGAUUCUUAAGAGCAAUCCAAGAAAUUAAAGUUAUGAAGAAAGAACUUCGUGAAUCACACAACAUGUACGACGAAUUGGAGAUCACAAAUAUGAAAUUAAUUAAUGAAAUGAAGUUAAGGGAACAGUGCAGUAGAUCAGAGAUAGAUCUGAUGGCUGCUCGAAUUUUAGACUUGACACAAAAACUAACUGCAUCUGACAAACAAGUAAGAACUUUGAAACAUAAAAUUCAGAAGACUGAGUCUAGAGAAAAGCGACGAAGUUUAUCGCUCAAAGGUAGAGAAUCUUUUACCAUCGGCAAAGAAGUAGAAGAGAAACUGACAGAACUUGAAAAUAAAAUAACUCAGUUAGAGACUGGUGAAUCUGUCCCUAUAAUAAAUUCACCAUCAAAGAGCGGAUCACCUGUUAAAGAGAAGGUCACGAAAUCUGAUGGUGUUGCAGACGAGAAAAGAAUGAAACGGUUAGCAGCACGUCUCAGAAGAAAGUCUCUCGAUAGUGCUACAAGUUCCGAGCCCAUGAAAAUGUUGGUUAGGUUAAGCUCGUUAGAAACCAAAGUAGCGUCUGUUCUUGAACAUCGUCGCGAGUUCGCUAACUCCAGUGAAUCACUCAGUCAAACCGAGAAAACUACUUUAAUUGAAGACCAAGAAAAGUCUUCGAUCGGUACCCAAUCCCAAAGGCAUCUAUUAGACAGGUUACAGAGUCUUGAAAGUGUUGUGAUACAUUCGAGAAAUAAAGUGAACGAUUGUCUAUGUCAAAUGAGUGCAAUGCGGGCGGCUAAGUCGAAAAGAUCACCUUCACCCAGUUUAGAAAAGCACUAUAGUCUUAAAUCAAUGGAAAAAUGUUUGUCCGAAGUCAGUAAGAAGCUCCAAGAUUGUUUCGAUAAAUGUGUAUUGGAUUCCUGCGAGGAAGCUAAAAAUGAUGAGGAACACGACAGUGUCACUCAGGUCGUGAUGCAAUUAGAAGAACAGUUAAAGAUUAAACUAUUAGAUAUAUCAAAACGAAAAGCUUUGUUGUAUGAGGCCGGCGAGCUCACGCAUAGGAAAAGCUUAGAACUUUUAGCAGAAAAACUGGCAUACGAGGCCGUUCUCGUCGGUAGAAUCCAAGAAGCUCUAGAAUCCUCGAAUGGUAGCAGAUUUUUUGCAAGAUUGAUCAAGUCAGAAAUCACGGAAACUAGUCAAUUAAUCGAUAACCUUAAAUGUAAGUUAAACGGGGAGAGCGGCAAGAACUGCGACGCAACUAAGAGCUCUCUCGAUUACCUUGCAAAAAUUUUGUCGAGGAACAUCGAUGUCAUCAACGGCUCUCGAGACCGGGACUCCGAUCGAUCCGAGCUGAUAGUGCAUAGCGCAGAUUUGGAGGCCCUGAAAGCGUCCCAGAAAGAAGUCGCCGAAGCCGUAGAAAACUUCAAAGAGGACAAACUGAACGAGUUGUGCUCGGCGCUGGCGGGUGAAGCGCUAUCUUACACAAAUUCGAACGAUAGCGACUUUGAACAGCAGCGGGCUAACACAGAAGCUGCUCGAGUGCGUGAGGCGUGGGCCUCAGCGCGGGAUACUUUGGGGGCGGAACUUGUACAGGCCGAGGUGGCGAGGGCGCUUAGUCGUGCCGCACAGACCUGUGAGCGUCGUCUUGACGAGGCGAGAGCCCUGCGACUCACACUCACCGCACAGGACCGCGCCGACCUCGAACUCUGGUGGCAAGCCGCGCACGACCACCUUCGUUGCGAAGUGGACGCCGCUGGACGAGAGCUAGCCGCGCGAUAUCGUCACGCCAGGCCUGCCCGCCGCGAAGGCUCUCCGGGGCUCGACAGCCGCGCGUUGCUGCAGCGGCUGGCCGACGUCCUGGCGCACAAGGCGCUCGUCGACGCUCGCGUGGCCGUCGUGGAGGGAACGUACCGAGCCUCUGCGCCGCCUCGCGCUGCAGCUCGAGCUGACGACGCCGUCACCUCCCUGGAGGCUGACCCCGCCGCCGAGGCGGAGUUCGUCUACCUGUUUCAACAUUUCUCGACUGAGUGCCGCGCGCUCUUCUCCAGUGACUGUUCCGGCAACAGUGAAGACUCGAUGAAGAUCUGCGAGGGCCUCGAGCGGGUAGAGGCGGCGGUCGCGGAGGCGCAGCGACGACUCGGAAGCGAAGGGGAGGGUCCCGAGACGUCGGAGGGCACCGGCGUCGGAGUAGGACAGCGCUUGGAGGCGCUCCGUCUGCGCGUCGAGGCGCUAGCGGCGUGCCAGCACUGUGCGCGCUUGCAAGACGCGCUAGAGCGGCUGAAGGCAGAACGCACGCGAGGCGAGUGUGCGUUAGCCCAACAAGCGGGGGCGUUGGCGGCGGCAAGACGGGCGAGGGCGCAGCUGCAAGCCCAACACGACCGCGAAAGAGCCACGCUAAGGGACCGCGCACGCACGUUGCAGCGUCGCCUUGCCGCGCUAGACUCGGAGUACUCCGCUCAGUUGGAGAGCUUACGAGCCGCUUAUCAGAGCGCGGUAUCGGCGGAUACGCACGGUGACGGUCUUCGUGCGCGUUACCAACAGGAGAUCGAGCAGUUACGCGCACUUUGUGAAAAGGGGCUCAUGGCUAUGGAGAGCUCGCAUAGGCGUAUAGUCAGAGAGAUGGAGGACAAACACCGUGCAGAGAGAGAACAACUCAGGUUGGAGAAGGAACAGGCGCUAGCAGAAGAAACACGAGCAACGUUGGCAGCGCUAGAUGCCAUGAGAAAAGCCCACGAGAGCGAGGUGCGAAGAGAAGUCGAUAAGUUCAAGCAGGAGCUACUGGCUCGAGGCGCCCCAGACCUCUCGCAAAUCAGCACGAGGCACCAGCAAGAGAUGGACGAGAUAAAGCGAGAGAUACUAUCCUUGUCGGAGAAGUAUUCUAUAAAGUGCGUGGAAAGUGCAGCGCUGGAAGAGCGUCUGGCCAACGCCAACGCGCAACUUGCGCAUGCGCACAAUCACAUCAUGCAACUCGACUCCAGAAACAAACAACUCCGAGCUCAUCUCAUCUCUGAAGCGAAUGACUUGAAGGCUUCAGAGGCGUCUACUCUCUCGCAGCUAAUAGAAGACACUGCGCCGCAUGCGCGGGAGGCGCCACUCUGGGACCACUUGAGGCAGUUGGCGGCCGUCUGGCAGAACAAUGCUGCAGACGAGGCCGACUCGUUCAAGUCCUCUGCUGGAGGCGGCUCGUCCGAACCGUCCUGCGAAGAUCCAGUUCGCCAAAACAGAGACCACCAGGAAUCUACAGCUGUCUCCCGUUCAGAAUUGAAAUCUAAGCAGCGUUGCUCUGACAGCGGUCGCAACCUGCUCGUGGGUAUGGUCGCCGAGAGAAAGAAACGAUUCGAGCUGUAGCUUAUCUUUAUACAGAUUAUUACAGUAUUCAUUAUUGUAAUAUUUAUCUGAUACGCCUCUCCCACCACGCUAGCACCUGGCCACUUUGCUUAAAACUUAUGUAAAACUAUUUAAAUUCUAUAAUUUGACGCACUUUUUGGUUAAUACUUUUCAUUAAAAAAUGUAUUUGGUUAAGAAGUUAUUACUACAUAUAUCUAAUAGUGAUUAUUACAUCGAUAGUAUAAGACCAAAAGGAUCAAGUGGCCAGAACACUCCCACCCACCACAUUGUAUAUUGUUUUUUAAUUUUAUUAUGUCUGAAUAUUGAAACUUAGUGUGAAGAUGUGUUUCAAUAUCCAUUCAGUUGUAUAUCUUGUUACUUGUAGCGUGUUCAGUAUAUUUUAGUAUUGGUUAGUGAUUUGUAAACUUGUAACAUUGUAAAUACUAACUUUCCCUAUCCCUUAGCACUUAUCUUAAGGAGUUUGUUACCAAAUAUUUUCUUAUUUAUGAGUUUUAUGACACUUACUUAGUUUUCGACAUGAAAUUUCUCCGUGUCGCUUUAGAAUAGCCUUGUUUAUUUUUUUUUUUUUGUAGAUUUAUUAAUAGACUUAUGUAUUCGGAAGUUGGGGGAUAUUCGUUUUGGAAUGUUAAGUAUAGUUUAGCGGCUGUUAUACAUUUUCAAAAAUUACAUAUGUGGCCUCAUUAUAAAUAUAACUAUUGUUAUAACAGCCAGCGUAAGUCGUGUUGUUACCGCGAAAGGUCUUCCAGCACCUUGUUGUGUACAGACACACAGACGCACGGAUGUAUGUGUUGGAUUGCUCAAUUGUUUCUAGUUGCGUCAAACCAAAAGCUUUUGUCGGCGCAAAGAUUGCUUAAAUAAAAAGUUUUCAUAAUUUUAUUUUACAUAUUUACAAUGAAUUUAAACAAUUUUUGCGCUGAAAUCUAAAAUAUUAAUGUUAUCUCCCUAAAACUGUCGUAGCUGAUUGUAAAGUGUUGGUUUAUAUAACAAAGAUUUUUAAAUAAACUACUUAAUACAA